UGUGACGCCACUAAAAGCCGCCCCCUCUCUCAUUCAUUCAGUAAACAUGAUUUCUUCUAUUUUUAUUAUUACCUGCAGCAUUUAACACACAAUGGCGACAAAACGCAAAGUAGAGGUGAUUGUCCCUGCAGAGGAGAGUGACCAGCUGCUUAUCCGUCCACUGGGUGCUGGUCAGGAGGUUGGGAGGUCAUGCAUCAUCCUGGAGUUCAAAGGAAGGAAAAUUAUGCUGGACUGUGGUAUCCACCCUGGUUUGGAGGGAAUGGAUGCUCUCCCCUACAUAGACUUGAUCGACCCAGCUGAGAUAGACCUGCUGCUCAUCAGCCAUUUCCACUUGGAUCACUGUGGAGCUCUGCCCUGGUUCCUCCAGAAGACCAGCUUUAAAGGCAGGACCUUCAUGACCCACGCCACCAAGGCCAUCUACCGCUGGCUACUGUCGGACUACGUCAAAGUCAGCAACAUUUCUGCAGAUGACAUGCUGUACACUGAGACUGAUCUGGAGGAGAGCAUGGAUAAGAUUGAGACCAUCAACUUCCACGAGGUGAAGGAGGUGGCUGGAAUCAAGUUCUGGUGCUAUCACGCUGGUCAUGUGCUGGGAGCUGCCAUGUUCAUGAUCGAAAUAGCUGGAGUCAAGCUGCUGUACACGGGAGACUUCUCCCGACAGGAGGACAGACAUCUGAUGGCAGCUGAGAUCCCAAGUGUCAAACCUGACAUCUUAAUCAUAGAGUCGACCUACGGAACCCACAUCCAUGAGAAGAGGGAGGAGCGCGAAGCUCGGUUCUGCAACACAGUCCAUGACAUCGUUAACAGAGAGGGUCGCUGUUUAAUCCCUGUGUUUGCCCUGGGGCGCGCCCAGGAACUGCUGCUCAUCCUGGACGAGUACUGGCAGAACCACCCAGAGCUCCAUGACAUCCCCAUCUACUACGCUUCAUCCCUGGCCAAGAAGUGCAUGGCUGUGUACCAGACCUACGUCAAUGCAAUGAACGACAAGAUCCGCAAGGCGAUCAACAUCAACAACCCUUUUGUCUUCAAACACAUCAGCAACCUCAAGAGCAUGGAUCACUUUGAUGACAUCGGUCCCAGUGUGGUGAUGGCGUCUCCAGGUAUGAUGCAGAGCGGGCUGUCCAGAGAGCUCUUCGAGAGCUGGUGCACCGAUAAGAGGAACGGAGUCAUCAUCGCUGGAUACUGUGUGGAGGGCACACUGGCCAAGCACAUCAUGUCUGAGCCAGAGGAGAUCACCACCAUGUCAGGGCAGAAGCUGCAGCUGAAGAUGUCAGUGGACUACAUCUCUUUCUCUGCCCACACUGACUACCAGCAGACCAGCGAGUUCAUCAGAGCCCUCAAACCACCUCAUGUGAUCCUGGUCCACGGGGAGCAGAAUGAGAUGGCCCGUCUGAAGGCUGCGCUGAUCAGGGAGUACGAGGAUAACGACCAGGUUCACAUCGAAGUCCACAACCCUCGCAACACAGAGGCUGUCACCCUCAACUUCAGGGGAGAGAAACUGGCCAAGGUGAUGGGCUCUCUGGCUGAUAAGAAGUGUGCGCAGGGCCAGAGGGUGUCAGGCAUACUGGUGAAAAAGAACUUCAACUACCACAUCCUUAAUCCCUCCGACCUUUCUACAUACACAGAGCUGGCCAUGAGCACAGUGAAACAGACCCAGGCCAUCCCCUUCACUGGACCUUACUCACUGCUUGUCUGCCAUCUGAGGAACCUCACUGGUGACGUGGAGGAGCUUGACGGAACCGAGAAGAACACCUUGAGGAUUUUUAAAAACAUCACUCUGAUCCACGAGGUCGGCAUGGUGCUGCUGGAGUGGCUAGCAAACCCUCUCAAUGACAUGUACGCCGACGCCGUCACCACUGUAGUGCUGGAGGUCCAGUCAAACCCAAAGGCUCAGAAAGCCAUGGAGACCCAGAGUGUCAUCAUGGACAUGGACGUCUUCCAAACCCGACUGGCAGUCAUGUUACAGGACAUGUUUGGGGAGGAAUGUGUGGAUUUCAGUGAUGGUAAAAGCAUCUCUGUGACCGUAGAUGGAAAGACGGUUCUCAUCUGCUUGGAAACAAGGUCGGUGUGCUACGAGGAUGAAUGCACAGAAGACGACUCUCUGAGGGAGAUGGUGGAGCUGGCAGUGCAGCGGCUCUACGACGCCCUCAACCCAGUUAUCUGAGAGCAGAGACGGGACUGCAGACGUGUUCAUGGCCAGUCAUCUAUAAACUACUGAAAGACAGUUUCUUAAGCUAAGUCACCACAGAUAUAAAACGAAGAAUACUUCAUCAAAUUCAGUGUUGAAAGUUAACAAGCAGCUUGUAUUAGUGUGCUAAAACUGGAUAAAGUGUUCUCAAGAAUCAGUGAUACAUGUACACUACCAGGAUCUACAGUGUUUUAGUUUGUUUUAGCCCUAAUACAGUUCACAAAAUCAAUCAGCACAUCAGUAUGCACUCACACUUUUACUAACUGUACAUUAAUGAACGUUCAUGACCUGUGACCAUGAAGCUACCAUGUGAAAGAAGGGAAUUAAAUAAGCUGUGUAAGUUGGGUUUGUUUUCAUAGAUUUUAGUGUUCAGUGUUAUGUCAGCACUUUUAAUUAUAUUUAAUAAGUUAACUGUAUUUGUGUAGAUGCACUGUAGGGUUUGUUUGACCUGAGUUUCUUAAUGAGCACUCAUAUGACAGAUUUGUUUACUUGUAAAUGUGAUGUGUUGUCAACUUCUAAAUGCACUUAUGUUCAUUGUACCAUGUUUAAAACAGACUUUUACAAAACUCA